AUGUCGUUUGCAGGUUUUUCUAAAAGAUCACAAUCAACCAGUUCCAAUCAAAUACGUCAAAAUUUUAAAACGAAAAGUCCAGAAAUCAAUCUAAGUAAAUAUCAAAAUGAACGAGAUGACAGAGAUCUUGAUAAAGAAAGAGAUGAUGAUGAUUGUUCUCUGAAAUCAUAUGACCAACCUCAACCUAUAAAUGAAAAUGAUGAUUUUAAUAAUUCUAAAGACAUUGAAACAGAAUAUGAUGAACAAGAUCACUUAUCUUCUGAUUUGAAAACUUCAAGAAAAUAUGAACAUGAUAUGGAUGAUAUUGUACCAAUGCAAACAAACAAGAAAAUUGUAGUUGGAAAUCAUAAUGAACAUUAUAUAGUUUCUGUGAAAUUUUUAGAAAAAUUAAACGGACAAAACAAAGUUAUCUGGAAGAAUCAACUGAAACAAGAUAAAAAGCUUGACGAAAUUAUGAAGAUUUUAUCGAAACUACAAUGCGAAGAUGGCUUGUCAUCUGCUUUUUUGAUCUAUUUAAAGGACAUCUUAAAAGUUACGUUGAAAAGCAUUCUAAGAGAUAUAUUAAAGAUAUUGAAAAAUAUCUGUCUUGAAAAAAUGCGUCAUUGUCAAAUUGCUAUUGCUAAAGAUAUACGACUGGCACUUUUCAAGAUAUUUCCUGAAGUUCCUGAAAUAAAAGCAAAUGCAGGUAUAAAAAUUAUUGAAUGGAAGAGAAACCCAUGGGUUGCCAAAGCAUAUACCAGUUUGUGGAAAGUAGAUAACACUGGACUUCUAAUGAUCAAUACAAUUAUCAUGAAGGCUAUGUCUAGAGAAGAUAAAGAAGUCUGUUUGAAGCCUUUGAUAAUUGCAUUUACACUUGCAAAUUGUAGUAUUGUCUUAAAUCCACAUAGCAAAGAUAUUCAAUGUACUGAAAAAGCUAUAAAAAAAUGA